AUGGGCGCCAAAUGUCGUGGAAUUGUCAGGGCAGAUGUCCUAGCAAAAGGACUUAGUCAUAGGGCCAUCGCAACUAGGAAGCUUAAAGGGGUUAAUCGGGACAAAGGACACGAGAGCUAUAUCCCCAACACCGUGGCUAAUGAUGGUUGUGACAAAUUGGUUCCAUUGGCGUUUGCUUUGGUGUCGGCGGAGAACAAUGACAACUGGGAGUGGUUUCUUAAUCUAGUGAGGACCAAGCUCAAGGACGCGGCCGUGGUGAUGGUGGAGCUCGAGGACGUGGACGUGGUGACGGUGGAGCUCGAGGACGUGGCCGUGGUGAUGUGUCACACCCACGAUGCGGCUAUACUCGAGGACGUGGCCGUGGUGACGGUGGAGCUCAAGGACGUGGUCGUGGUGACGGUGGAGCUCGAGGACAUGGCCGUGGUGACGACGGAGCUCGAGGACGUGGCCGUGGUGAUAGUGGAGCUCGAGGACGUGGCCGUGCUUACUGGCUUGGGGCGUGAAUCUUAUGUAUGUGUUGGUCAUGUUCCAGCCGAUCGAUCAGCAGAGAUGGAGAUCAGGCGGCGGCGGGCACUGGCGAUGGCCCUGGCGGCGGUGCUGGCCGCCGUGACUGUUGCUCGGGUGGCCACGGCUGCGACAAGUUACACGGUGGGGGCGCCGGAUGGGCUGUGGGACAUGCACACGGACUAUGCUGAGUGGGUCGCCGCCAGGACGUUCCACCCCGGCGACAACAUCACGUUUACGUACUCGAGAGAGCUGCACGACGUGGUGGAGGUGGGCAAGGCCGGCUACGACGCCUGCUCCAGCGCAAACAACGUCUCCGCCUUCCGCUCCGGCAACGACGUCGUCGCGCUCACCACCGUCGGCACGCGCUACUUCCUCUGCGGCCUCACCGGCCACUGCGACAGCGGAAUGAAGAUCAGGGUCGACGUGGUCGCCGCGUCCACCGGUCCCGUAGCCGCGCCGCCCACCACGUCUGCCGGGGGUAACGUCGUCGCAGGCCUUGGCGCGCUCGUGGUGACGCAUGCUCUCCUUGCCAGCAUCAGCGUCUGGUGAAGUGUGUACGUACGUCCGUAGUAUGCUUCUGGUAUCGCUUUUUUUAUUUUGGUUUGUGCUUUUGGUAUCGCUGCUUGUGAUUGAUAUUUCACUUUUUCUUUCCGGUGGAUCGCGUGUUCGGAUUAAAGCAUACGUUUAUAACUUGGUAUCUGGAAAUUUCCCACCA